AUGACGCCUCUCAAAGCCCUGCCAUCCUACUACAAAGCAGAUGACAUUGAGGUUCAGCAAUUCUUCGCAACAUCGCUGGACGGUACGAAGGUGCCAUACUUCCAGCUUGGCAAGAAGGACAUGGCCUAUGAUGGCAAGAACCCGACGCUUCUUUAUGGCUACGGCGGCUUCGAGAUUUCCUUAACGCCGGCCUACUCGGGCGCACGAGGAAUCGCUUGGCUAGAGCACGGCGGUGUUUGGAUUGAUGCGAACAUUCGCGGCGGCGGCGAGUACGGACCCAGGUGGCACCAAGCCGCCAAGAAGGCGAAUCGUAACAAAGCCUACGAAGACUUCGAGGCCGUUGCAGAAGACCUGCUCCGGCGCGGCGUCACGACCCGGGCCCUUUUGGGCAUCCAAGGAGGCUCCAAUGGCGGGCUGCUCAUGGGAAAUAUGCUCACCCGGGAGAAGAGGGAGCUCUUUGGUGCGAUCGUGUGCCAGGUGCCGUUGCUUGACAUGCAGAGAUACAGUCAGCUUCUAGCUGGAGCUAGUUGGAUGGGAGAAUACGGUGACCCUGCAACCAGCGACUGGGAGGAAUUCCUGAAGCAGUACUCACCGUAUCACAACCUGUCUGAUGACAAGACCUACCCACCGGCGCUCUUCGUCACAUCUACGAAGGAUGACCGGGUUCACCCUGGCCAUGCUCGGAAGAUGGUUGCGAAGCUUUUGGCUCAUCCCACGGCCAAGGACCACACAUUCUACUACGAAAACAUCGAGGGUGGGCACGGCGGCGCUGCUGACAACAAGCAACGGGCUUUCAUGCAAGUGGCACA